AUGUCGACGUUCGAGCAGGUUGUCGUCAUCGAUGGCAAGGGCCAUCUCCUUGGCCGACUCGCCUCCAUUGUCGCCAAGCAGCUCCUUAGCGGCCAGAAGAUUGUCAUCGUCCGCUGCGAGGCUCUCAACAUCUCUGGCGAGUUCUUCCGCGCGAAGCUCAAGUACCACGCCCACCUCCGAAAGAUCACCCGAUUCAACCCCACCCGCGGAGGUCCUUUCCACUUCCGUGCUCCUUCCCGAAUCUUCUACAAGGCCGUCCGUGGCAUGAUCCCCCACAAGACUGCCCGUGGUGCCGCCGCUCUCGAGCGCCUCAAGGUCUUUGAGGGUGUCCCCCCUCCCUACGACAAGAAGAAGAAGAUGGUCGUCCCCCAGGCUCUCCGUGUUCUCCGACUCCAGCCCGGCCGCAAGUACUGCACCGUUGGCCGUCUGAGCCACGAGGUUGGCUGGAAGUACCAGGACGUUGUUAGCCGAUUGGAGGACCGAAGAAAGGCCAAGGCCGCGGCCUACUACGAGCGCAAGAAGAUUGCUGCCCGACAACUCUCGGACGCCAAGAAGACCGCCGCCGUCAAGGACGAGACCACCAAGGCCCUCGCUGCCUUUGGCUACUAA